CGUACCGGAACAAUUGAAGCGAGCACAAAACACCACUCUCUCUGUCUCUCCCUCUCCAUACCAUAAUGCCGCCGUUGAAGCCAUUCGCGACCGCCGCAACCACUCUCCGAUCUCGCCUCACCCAUUCGCUUCGUACGCGCGGCGGAGGAGGCGGGCCGAGCCGCUGGACCACUCCGGGCCACGAGGAGCGGCCUAAGGGUUUUGCCUUCAACCGGACGCCGGAGCCGGCGGGGCAAUCGCGGAAAUGGGAGGACUGGGAGCUUCCGUGCUACCUCACCAGCUUCCUCACCGUCGUCAUUCUCGGAGUAGGCCUCAGCGCCAAGCCCGAUCUCACGAUCGAGACCUGGGCCCAUCAGAAAGCCCUAGAACGCCUCGAAUUGGAAGCGUCGCAGCGCGCUGAUUCUGAUUGAAGACGAAGAAGAAGGUAUCUUCUAUUUGAUGUUGGUGUUUUAGACUCGGAUCCUAUCAAUAAUACCGGAUUUUCUGGGUUAUAAUCUUACUUCCGCUUGAAUUACAUGAAUUGGUUGAUGAUUCAUAUGAAAUUGAAGUUUCGGGAUUGCUAUCUUCUAAAUUAUUUUCACUCUGUUGCUGAUUUAUGAUAUUAUUUUGCCUAAGUUUGUUUCUGGCUACAGUGGAUACUUCUGGUUGAUUGACUCCAGUUUUAUGUUUCCAAUAAUUUUUAUUUUCCUUGUGUUA